GGAAACUUUCUUUUUACGGGGUCAUUUUUAUUCUCGUUUUAUAGAGAAAAUUGGAUUUGGAAAGUGGCAGAGAGAGACAUAGAGAGGCCAUAUAAAGAAAGCGAGGGCAUGCCACAGAGAGAGAGAGAGAGAGAGAGAAACAGGGAAAACUGUGUGAGUGUGUUUUGUGGUACUUUUUGAACUUGCAGGUUUUUGGAGUAUUGUGUCGGGGGUUGUCUGAUUUUGGAGAGUGUUUUAAUGGGUUGGCUUUAAAUUUUUGUAUUUUGGGUUUUCUUUAAAGGUAUAGAAUUAUUAUAGUUUAUUUGUUACCUUAGUGAGAGAGAUCAAGAACAGGAAAGCCUAAGAUUCUAAGAUCUUCUUUCUGUAUAUAAACAUAUACCACUUGGCUUUUUUUCUCUGUGUACUCUACAUACAUACCAAGCCUUUGUUCUCUCCUCUUCCUUUGUUUUUAGACAACCAAGAAAAGGAAAAAGCUUUUGGUGUAAGAGAUUCACUAAUCCUCAGCAAUUGAAAUGGAGGUUAGCAUGAGCUUUUCACAUGACAUGGAUGAUGAAUAUGAGAAACUCAUCCGGAGAAUGAACCCACCGAGGGUUGUAAUUGAUAACAAAGCCUGCAAGAAUGCUACGGUGAUAAGGGUGGAUAGUGCAAACGAGUAUGGGAUACUUCUGGAAGUUGUACAAGUUCUAACUGAUCUUAACCUUAUCGUAACCAAAGCGUAUAUCUCUUCGGAUGGUGGCUGGUUCAUGGACGUUUUUAAUGUCACCGAUCAAGAUGGAAACAAGGUUACAGAUGAAGGGGUUCUGGAGUAUAUUCAAAAGUCUCUUGGUCCGGAGGCUUGCUUUGCAUCUUCCAUGAGAUCUGUUGGGGUUAAACAAUCAAUGGACCAUACUGCAAUUGAGCUAACUGGAAGUGACAGACCGGGAUUACUCUCUGAAGUGAGUGCUGUCCUCACCAAUCUCAAAUGCAAUGUAGUGAGUGCGGAAGUCUGGACGCACAACACAAGGGCUGCGUCAGUGAUGCAUGUUACUGAUGAGGAGACGGGGUUGGCAGUUACUGAUCCUCAGAGGUUAGCCAGGAUUAAGGAAUUAUUAUGCAAUGUGCUUAAGGGCAGCAACAAAACCAGGGGAGCUAGGACUGUUGUAUCUCACGCUGUUACACACACUGAAAGAAGGCUUCACCAAAUGAUGUUUGCAGAUAGGGAUUAUGAACGAGUUGAUGAUGGUCUCUUGGAUGACAACCAAAGACCAAAUGUGAAUGUUGUUAAUUGGCAGGACAAAGACUACUCGGUGGUGACUAUUCGGAGUAAAGAUAGGCCAAAGCUUCUCUUCGAUACAGUUUGCACUUUGACAGACAUGCAAUAUGUGGUUUUUCAUGCAAGUAUUGAUGCUGAGGGUCCAGAAGCUUAUCAGGAAUACUAUAUCAGGCAUAUAGAUGGAUCCCCUGUGAAAUCAGAUGCAGAGAGACAAAGAGUGAUACAAUGCCUUGAAGCAGCUAUUGAGAGAAGAGUAUCUGAGGGUUUGAAGUUAGAACUCUGCACUACUGACAGAGUUGGGCUGCUAUCUGAUGUCACUCGGAUCUUUCGAGAGAAUAGCCUUACCGUAACCCGAGCAGAAGUGGCAACCAAAGCAGGCAAAGCUGUUAAUACGUUCUAUGUUCGUGAUGCAUCAGGCUACCCUGUUGAUUCCAAGACCAUAGAGGCAAUCAGGGAAGUAAUUGGGCAGACCAUACUUAAAGUGAAAGGCAGCCCUGAAGACCCAAAACCAGGUUCUGAGGAAUCUCCAACCAGGUUCCUCUUUGGGGGUCUCUUCAAGUCCAGAUCUUUUGUCAAUUUUAAAUUGAUUAGGUCCUAUUCUUGAAGAACUGGUGAAUGGGUCAUACAUCUCGCCUCCUCUUGUACAUAAGAACCCGCUCUAGUCCAACUUCACCAAAGUAGACCAUUUUAGUGGUUUAUUGACUUAAACUUAGGAAGCACAGCCAUUGGUAAACGAAAGCAAUAGAGUGAAGUGUUUGUAAAUACCGCCCCUAUCAGCUUCCCCUUUAGCCUUUAUUUGUUACUGUCAUCCAACCUAACGUUGGGUCAAGAAAGCAAAGAAGGAUAAUCUGAUUUGUGAAAUGAUCAGAGAACUCUGUACAUAAUAUUUCUUAUCCAAUGUUUUGGUAGGUAGCCUUAUAUUA